AUGAUUCUCCCCACAGGCCUUCUCUACAUUGCCCUCUCUCUCUUCACACUUGCCUCCGCCGCUCGUCGGCAACCCGAGCGAGUCCUUCUCUCGUCUAUCAAAACCCUCACUCUUCGUCAAGGUCUCAAAGCUGCUCAUAAUCGUGUCUCACCAGUGUCACAACUGAAAUGCCUGGGCGGUACGGCUAAGGACCUCUAUGAGAUUGACGUUCUCCGCUGCAAAAACGCCGGCUCUUCAUAUGAUGAAGCAGACGUCGAGUGGACCUGCACAGCUUCGCUGCCCGCGGAAUUCAAGCUUGGCAGUACCGAUGUUUCCUGCGAAGGCUUCAGCGGGCCUAAUGAUCCUUACGUGUUGAAAGGAAGCUGUGGCGUGGAGUAUAGGCUGAUGCUGACGAAGCUCGGAGAGGAAAAGUAUGGGAAGAAGGGUUCGGGUCUUUGGGACGAAUUUCCUGGGAGAUCAAAGGGUGGCGAUGCGAUGGCUUUGUUGUUCUGGCUUGCGUUCAUUGCCGUGGUAAUCUGGAUGGUGUACGCUGCCUUCUUCCGAGACGGACCCGCCCGACGACCAGGAGUCGGCUUUGGAGGAUUUGGAGACGGCGGAGGAGGCGAUGACCCUCCUCCUCCAUAUGACGACCAUCCACCGCCGUCCAAACCCAAAACCUAUUCGUCGCCACGAUCUGCGCGAGGAGCUCCAGCGCAAGAAGGCUGGAGACCUGGGUUCUGGACGGGAGCUUUGGGUGGAGGUGCAGCAGGCUAUAUGGCUGGAAACAGAGGCAGUGGGACUCGACAACAGCAGCCCAGACCUCAAGAUACGUGGGGCAAUGGAGAGGGUAGCUCUAGAUGGGGUACCGGAGCACCUGGGCCAUCGAGAAGCUCCUCUUCAAGCUCAAGUCUUGGCUCCAGCAGAUAUGAAAGCACAGGAUUUGGAGGCACAUCAAGGAGGUGA